AAGUCUUUAUUGCUAGAAUUCCGGCUACUUCCGGUGUGUGCUUGCGUCAUCAGCAUUCGCCAGAAGCAACAUUUCUUCCUCACCGGCUUCUAAAAAUUAGCUGAAAUGUUUCCCCCUCGCUGGUUCGGACUAUGUUGUCACUGCAGCCGUGUAGUUUCACGCCGUGGGUUUCCGUGGGGAACCCUGAAGGGCCACAGCAGGCUAAGACAUGCUGUCUUUACAGAGGUACAGCUCCGAGGUACCAAUGCAGUCCCAAGACGCCUUUCACAUUGUGAUAUAGGAGAUUUAUAUAACAACUCCUCAGUUCAGCGGUAUCUGCAGAAACUGAUGGAGGAACACAGAGACAUCAGCCGGAAGUUACAACACGAUCACCUCAGUGAUUCAGGCAGGAAAUCGCUGCUGAAGAAGCACUCAGAGCUGCUGCCCGUUGCUGGUCUGUUUGGAAGCAUUGAACAAGCCCAGAAAGACUUGGAAGAAGUCCUUUCGCUUCUGCACACUGGUACUAAAGAUGAAGAUCAAAACCUGAUCCAGCUGCUCAGAGAGGAAGAGGCGCAGAUCUGCAGCAACAUUCUGACCUUGAGAAAACAUUUAAUCAAAGCUCUUGUGCCCGUUGACCCUCUCGACCCAAGCGACGUUGUGCUGGAGAUUGUCUCAGGACGAACAACAGGAGGUGACAUAUGCCAGCAGUUCACCAGGGAAAUGUUUGACAUGUACCGAGGCUUUGCUUGUUACAAGAACUGGGACUUUGAGGUUCUGAACUACUCGCCUGCAGAGUAUGGUGGACUGCACCAUGCGGCAGUCAGGAUAGCCGGGGAUAAUGUGUACAUGCACCUGAAACAUGAAGGAGGAACACACCGGGUUCAGAGGAUCCCUGAGGUGGGCCUCUCAUCCAGGAUGCAGCGGAUCCACACUGGAACCAUGUCGGUCAUCAUCCUGCCACAGCCAGUUGAGUUGGACGUCCAGAUUGACCCAAAGGAUCUGCGGAUCGAUACGUUCAGAUCACGAGGCCCUGGCGGCCAGGGCGUUAACACGACGGACAGCGCCGUGCGGAUAGUUCACCUUCCUACAGGAAUAGCGUCUGAGUGCCAGCAGACGCGCUCGCAGCUGCAGAACAGAGACACGGCCAUGCGCAUGUUGAGGGCCAGACUCUACCAGAGCAUGAUGGGCAAGGAGACCGAGCAAAGGCUAACGGCGCGAAAGCAGCAGGUGGGCACACGCAGCCAGGCAGAGAGGAUUCGCACCUACAACUUCAGCCAGGAUCGAGUCACUGACCACCGGACAGGAUACACCACCAGAGACAUUAAGGAGUUCAUGAAAGGAGGGGAGGAGCUGGAGGAGCUGAUCUCAGACCUGCUGGAGCAUUCUGAGCAGGAGGCUCUGCUGGAGGCGGUAGAGAUCAGCAGCUUUGUGACCGGACAGCCUGCAGACUGACUGACGGAUGGAUGGACAGACAAGUGAAUGAAAAAAUAGACAAUGAAAAAUUAAGUAAGAGCGCACCAAUAAAUUGGUGUGUUCGUUUAAGAAGUCACCCCAUUGUUGCUAACUCAGAAACUAUUUAUACAAAAAAAAAAAAUCUGCAUUGACCAAAAUCAAAAAUGGCAGGUCAGACUUCUUAAAGAUGCAUGAUCGGCCAGAAAACUGCAAUAAGUGAACCUUUACAAACAGGUGAGUGGAUGGACAGAAGAUGACUGGAAAGGUGGAGGAUGCAACUUUGAAACUACCAGAUUCCAGCCCUUAUUUUGCUCCAUGCUUAUCCCAAACCGGAAAACUGGUCGAUGAAAUUCCAGACCGAGUGGGAACUUCUCUCCGUCACAUCUGGAACCAGGCCCGCCACAUCAGGAUGCACGUCUCCACGCUGCAGCGUCUGGUUUUUUGUUUUGUAAUAAAGCUGAACCGUCUGUGUUUCUGGCUAUUUGCCAGUCAGGGUGUGGUGACAACACCUAUCAGCUCUACACACACACACACAAACUCCCCACGUCACACCCUGUGUGUAUGUGCCAAGAGGCCAACACCCCUGCUGGGCCUGGAGUGGGUUUCAUUCCCCUCUAAUUGCUGGAAAAUGAUCAUGUUGGAUUGUCUCCAUGUAUUAAGAUCCCAAACUGUAGGAACGUUUCACUAACCUCUCUUCAAAAUCAUGACUUCAAGUGCAUAAAAAAUACAUUCCAUUUUUAAUCUGGCCAAAUCCUGUUUAUCAUACGUUCGAAAAAAUAAAAAACCUACAAAAGUCCAUUGACAUGUUCCUAGAAACUUUUACUUCCAGGAAAGUCUCCAUCUGAAAGCUGCUGGAAUCAGUCGUCGUCGUCUCUCUGCCGGAGGCUCCUGUUCUUCCCGUUUUGGGUCUUGUUCCUCCGGAACGAGGCGGGUCCGCCCUCCUCUCCCAGAGAGGUGAUGACGCGUUCCUUGAACUUGGGUUUGGGUUCCGACGGGAAUUCUGCCGGGGUGCUGGCCGCUGCCUCCGUCUGGGGCAGCUGUAAAUCCACUUUAGCACUGGGAAGCAGAAAGGAAAACACCAGCUGAUUACCUGUGGUCCACUUCAUUCCAUGUGUCGGGUUGGGAAUACUUACAAUGGAUCCUGCUUCUGCUGGACCCGUUCCCAGGCUCCGUACGGAUUGGCUGCUCUGGGCCUUUUUACUGGAGUUUUUCCCACUGUCGCCACCUCUGCUACCGUCUCUGGUUUGGGUUCUGACUUCUGCGCCUCUUCCUCUGGUUUUGUCUCUUUCUUUUCCUCUUCCACAGCCUCUUCUGCCACUUUAUCCUCACCUUUGUUUUCCGAGGGUUCAUCCUCUGUUUUUCUUUUCUAAAAACAAGAAAUAAACUCUCAGGUCUUGCUUUUUAAA